GGCAGUCGGUUUUUCGCAGCGUACAAAAACAGUGCUAGACAUGACCAUGGAGUGGCGAAGUCCCGAUUUGCCGCCCCCGACAGUUGUUGACGGCGGAGGCGCAGGCGAGGCGUCGGCGAGCGACAGCGACUCGGACAUCAACGUCGACUCGGACGGCGGCGAGUGCAUGUACGCACGGUCGGGGUCGCCAGGCAGCCCUGGGGAGGCGGCGGGCGCAGGCAAGGCUGGCGGCAAGACGGCAGUCAAGCCGCCCUACUCGUACAUCGCGCUCAUCACGAUGAGCAUCCUGCAGAGUCCGCAGAAGCGGCUCACGCUCAGCGGCAUCUGCGACUUCAUCAUGGCGCGCUUUCCUUACUACCGGGACAAGUUCCCCGCGUGGCAGAACUCGAUCAGGCACAACCUGUCGCUCAACGACUGUUUCGUCAAGAUCCCCAGGGAGCCGGGCAACCCCGGCAAGGGCAACUACUGGACGCUCGACCCCAACGCCGAGGACAUGUUCGACAACGGUAGCUUCUUACGCCGGCGCAAGCGCUACAAGCGCCAGCCGCCCCCGGGCCACCCUCUCGGCGAUUUCCACCUCGGAGGCCGCCAUCACCAAUUUGGGGGUCCGCACCACCACCACCAUCACGGCGCCCACAACCCUUUCUUCUUGCCACCGCAGCCGCCACUGCUGUCUUCCUUCCUGCAUGGCAUGCCGCAUUUCGCGCACCUGCCCCCGCUACCUCCCCCAGGGCCACCCUCGGCUAUGCCUCCCCUGUUGCGGCCAGUGCCCACCCUGUACCAAAACAAGGCGGCCGCCGCUUUGAAGUCGGGCUUCACCAUCGACUCGCUGCUCAUGGGUAGCGCCGGCCCCGCAGCCUCCGAGCACGUUUCUGCGUUCGCACCCCUUGGCCUGCCCUUCCGCCUCGGACCUGGAAACACGAGCAUCUAGGUGGACUCGCUGAACCGUUCCACCACGGCAUGAAUUAGAUCGGUCUCGCAAAGCCGAGAUCCACAAAUGAUGCGAGCACGCUUGCGGAGAAUGAGUUUGCUGAUUUCGUCGUUGAGAAAACUCUGCAUCUUCUUGUCGCUGGAUUCAUGAUCCACAAAACAAUGUUGAGCAGUCCGUAUUCUAACGCCAAUUUGAAUUAUUCCUCAACUGUGAUAUUCUGUACAUAGGAGAUUAACUUAUUUAAAAUGUUUGUUAAUAUGUGCCAUUAAUAAAAAAAGAUAUUGAAUU